AUGGACGCCGUCGAUGUUUCGGAGCACUACGAGGUCAGCACGCGCGAAGACACUCCCUCGCUACUCUCCAUCGUCCUCGACACGAACCCUCGAGCAUGGGCAUCCCUCAACAGCCUCCUGCCAUUGUCGCGCGCCAUCGCCAACAUUCUCGUCUUCGUCAACGCCCAUCUCGCUUUUAGCAACGCCAACCGAGUGGCCCUGAUCGCCGCUCAUGUUGACCGCGCAGAAUGGCUGUAUCCGACUCCACCCAAGCCCUCACGCGACGCCUCGGGCGAUGUCGAAAUGAACGACGCUUCUCAAACACAAACGUCCGCGAACAAGUUCCCUGAGUUUGCGCAAAUCGAAACCGCUGUUCUGUCUGGCAUACGCAAACUCAUGGAUCAGACCAAGGAAGCGGACCUGUCUGCUACGACAACCCAAAUAUCUGGAGCUUUAACGCUGGCGCUAUGCCACAUCAAUAAGGCUGCGCAGGCUCUUUGUUCACCCACAGCCAACUUAGAGGACAGCCAUAAAGGCUCCUCUAGUACAUCGCCUCCGACUGUCCGCGGCCGAAUCCUCGUCAUCUCUGUAUCCGACUCCGAGCCAUCACAAUAUAUUCCCACCAUGAAUGCUGUCUUUGCAGCUGCACAUACCCAGGUUGCCAUCGAUACUCUCUCACUUACCGGCGAGCCGACCUUCCUCGAACAAGCCUGCUACAAUACUGGCGGUACAUACUUAGCGGCCACACAUCCUCAGGGCCUACUCAACUACCUCAUGUUCGGUCUCAUGUCUGACACAGAAGCUCGCGAAGCCCUUAUUAACUCGGUACAUGAUACUGUCGAUUUCCGUGCCGCUUGCUUUUGUCACGGUCGUGUUGUUGACACCGGCUUUGUCUGCUCGAUCUGCCUCAGCAUCUUUUGUGAGACGCCAGAGAACUCGGAGUGUUUCACAUGCGGAACAAAGCUGUCACUGGGCAACUAUGGCGCUAAGCCUGCCGUUGUGCCCCGUAAAAAGAAGAAGAAGCGCAAGGUGGUUAAUGGUGGAUCACGAGAAGAGACGGGAAGCGCAACAGGGACACCUCGUCCUUGA